GUGAGUUAUACUGGGGUUGUAUCUCACUCAGGUGUUACAGAAGGAGGGGACUCUGUCCCUUUAAGACGCAGCUGCUCCCCUAUUGGUGGACCAUUCUAGCAGCUCCAGGAUGACAUCAUCCCUACAAUAAGAACAGGAGGAGGCUGGGUGGGGAACAUGCUUGUGAUGGCUUGAUUGACCCCCCCUGUGUGCUGCAGGACCCCUUAGCUGUUCCCUGUUGCCCAUGUUGCAGGGAGCAAUGAGUGGUGACGGAGAUCUAUCUUGUCAGUUCCGCAUGGGAUUCACAGGACUCAUUGAUCAGCCACCAGUGGCAAAGGUCAACACAAAGCGUGAUUAUUUAGUGGAUGCUGCCAAACAACUGCACGUGGCUCUAGAAAGAGAUGCCAAUGAGGAGUACGAGGCCGCAUUCAGCCACUACAAGCAUGGAGUGGAACUCCUCCUCAGUGGGGUGACAGUUGAUCCCAGCAGGGAACGCCGGGAUGCUGUAAAGCGUAAGAUCUCCCAAUACUUGAAACGGGCUGAAGAAAUCUUUAACUGCCACUUGCAGCGACCGUUAGGAAAUGUGUGGGGUGCGGCAGAGGGUUACAGCAGCCUCCGAUUUCGACCAAUCAGAGUCCUGAGUGCAGCGGUGGAGAAUCUCAAGCAUUGCAGGGUGGUAGAAAUCAUUGACAAGGUGCAACUGGUUUAUGACUCCUCCUCGGGCCAUCGGUUUGUGCUGAAGUCUUUAAUGAAGUCAGGGCGUUCUAGUCACGGUGCGGCCACCAUCAUCCCCCAGAGAGUGCCCUUUAUGGUGCAAUUACAGAAGUUCUAUGUGAGUGAUGACUCCUUGUACCUGCAGCUCCAGCACAUGCCUGGUGGUCGCCUAUGGGGGCACCUAAGGAAAUACCAAGCUUCCAGUCGGAGCACCCAUUGUGAAAAAGCCUCCAUGGAACCUGGAGACUCUGACAGUCACACCUGGAUCCCGAAUGAUGUGAAUCCUCCAGAAGGCGUUACCCCACACCAUUCAAUCUGCCAGCUUAGUGAGUGUGAUGCUGGUGCUGUGGGCAUCUCUGAGUCACAGGUCAGACUGUGGGGGGCACAGAUGGUAAUGGCACUAGAAGCACUUCACCAGGAAGGUGUAUUGUGUAGAGACCUCAAUCCGCGCAACCUCCUCCUAGGGGACACAGGUGAUGUGUACCUGACAUAUUUUGGCCAGUGGCGAGAAAUCAAUAUUUCCUGCUGCCCAGAAGCUGCGGAGUGUCUGUACGUCGCUCCAGAAGUCCUGGGAGUGGGCCCUGUGAGUGAAUCCUGUGACUGGUGGAGUCUAGGGGCGCUGUUAUAUGAGAUGCUAACAGGGCAGCCUCUCCACAAAUGUCUCCCCUCCGGAGUCAGUGUUCACAUGGCAAUACCUCUCCCGGGCACACUGAGUCCUCCUGCAGCCUCUCUUCUCACUCAGCUGCUGUGCUAUGAACCAGACAGAAGACUCGGCUCAGGGCCAGGAGGAGUACAGAAGAUUAAAUCCCACCCUUUCUUUCAAGGCAUCCAAUGGAACAAGCUAGUUUAAGACAGGCAUUUCAUUCUACCAAUGGGAGAAAAGCAUGCUGCCUCACAACCUUCAGUAAGUUGGUGCCACCCAUGGCAGUCAGGAGGUCACUGCAUUGAUAACCAGUUCCAUGAUGUGUUAAGACUUGCACCGGUGUAAUAAACCACAUGUGAAACAUGA